AGACGAUCCUGCUGAAGACCCUUUGGCGGGGCGGCCCGGACCCAAGCUUUUCAUCGGAUCUCUCGCGAAGAGCGUCCAGGAAAAAGAUGUGCUCAAUCUUUUCCUCCCGUACGGAAAAGUCGUGGACAUUGCCUUUUUCUGGCACAUGCAUGGGCCGCGCAAAGGCGAACCGAAAGGUUUCUGUUUUGUGACGUACUCCGGAACCGAGGAGGCCACGUCUGCCAUCAGGGCCUUGGACCGACGCCGUCUCCACGGGCGCUCCAUCGCGGUGCGCUAUCAACGAGACGCAGACGACACGAACAUGGACGCGCGGACACUACUUUCCAAAGCGCGUGCAAAAAGCCUCCAGCAGAGCGGAGGGGGAGGGACGGGGGGGGGCGCGCGACCGAGGGAGAGGGAGAUCGGCCCGGCAAUGCCCCUCCCGAGGCCCAGCUCCGCGACUUUGAGAGGGGUGAGCGGUGGGGGCGAGGAUCAAAAAGAUGGGGCAGGGGGGGAUGAUGAUGUGGAAGAG